GUGCAUGCAGUAGCAUCAACUAUCCAUGUAGUGCGCUUACAACGUGCAUAUAUGCAGUAUAUCAUAGCAUGCAUGAUUAGGGAUCCUUCGUCCCUUCGAGAAAUUUACGGGUAAGGAGCGACAGUACCUACAGGACUGAGCUAGUCCGAGUUUUGAUUUUGUACGAGUAACUUGUUCUGCAAGAAUGGUAAUCACAACGGCUUCUCCAUGGAACAUGCUCGGGCCGAGUACGUUCUCUUCUUUCUUCGGCUAGGGGUUUUGACCUCAACAUCAUACGUCGUACGUCCUCCACUCUACAAAUUAUGGGUGUAGGGAAUUCGUCUCCGAAUGAGUCAUCUGAGAGAGAGAGAGAGAACAAGACAAGAAGAAAAAGAGAGCCAGACGAUUCCUGAUACGAAUAUACCUCUAAAAAUAUCUGUUCUAUUCGCCAAAUAUCAUGGUGCGAACGCUGCCGCCAUCAGGGUCACGUGGACCCCGGUUAGUAUGUCAUCGGACAUUGCAGCCUUUGCAUAAAGUUCAGCUUGGGCGAGUCUCUAUUUAUGGCUUCUGGACUCUAUUUUUACCCGGCUAAUUUCCCUCGAUGGUUCCCAGAUCGUUCGUAGUCCUCCCUAUUUGCAAUCUAUUUGAUAUUAUAGGCCUGAGUGUAUUCGUCCUCACGUCUUUGUGAAUAAAUGUAAACGUAACAAACUAGUUUGAAUAGAUUUUUUGGGACAUUUACGUUGAAGUUCUCCAUAUCAAGGUCGUAGCAACAUGUAGCAAGAACAGCAAGAUACAUGUACACUGACCUCCUCUAAGUAACAACACGAGAGCUCCACUACAGCAGAUCGUGUUGGCUUACUCACUUUCAUAGACAACAGUUGCAGAUCAAUAGGUGGAGAUUCUCUUUUUUAUAAGAACUAUAACAUAACUAGCAUUAGGACAACGAUUUUAUGAUAGCUAACCAGGUUUAGACGUAAAACCCAAGUCCUCUAAUCCAUGCCGCCAGUGAAUGGCGGGACACUGCAACCAUUCGUUUGGGCGAACCAUGGCAAAGAGCUAAUAGCCGCUGGGCGCAGCGUCUUCGCUGAUGUUAAGGCAUUGAAAAUUUCCAAAAGAAAAUGGUACAUUGGACUUUACAGUACAUACGAUUUAUAGUUAGGCUUUUUUGAAAUUGAAACCAUCCAACACUGAGUUGAAAAAACAUUUCCUCAACUCUAAGAACUGGGGUUCCAGUUUUAACGAGCGCGCAGCUGGAUUUCCGCCUACGCUUCGGUCCGAAAAUAUCACCGAUGCCCAUGCAAGACCGGGAUAUGCGUAUACAUCAUAAAACUGAUAUUGAUAAAAUAUGCCCAGGCAAGACCGGGAUAUGCGUAUUUGUCAUAAACUCUCCUCUCUACUUAUUUUUAUCGCUGACAAUAGUCUUCUAAACGUCUGUAGUCUUCAAUGAUGUACAACUCACAGGAUGAGCGGCGUGAAGGGUCGACCUUACCGUGGGGUCUCCGAGGGAAAUCGUCUGCCGGUACAAGGAAAGCCAGUGUAUUUAAGGCUACCGCUGAAGCAUCCUCACCGCUUGACCGCUCUCCUCACGUGUCGUUCAUGUGUUUUGAACUGCGUGCAGAACACUCCUGGCGCUUUUUCUACCUAUGAAAAAGAAGGGAAGGAACUCUGACGGGGGAUUGGCUUCUUUUUCAAGUAGGAACUGUGGUAGUUUCGGAUGCUCUGAGGGAUGCGAUGUAUGUGUCUUUAGUGUGUUUAGUGUCUUUAGAGCUCUAAUGUAUGUGUCUUUAGUGUCUCAGGAAUACGUGGGUCUCGAUGGGCAAAGGCGAGGUCGCGCAACGCGUGAGGAGUUGCUCUGCGCGACUGCUCCAGACGUAGAAGUACUCGAAUCCAAGGAGAAAGGAGAAAUGAAACUAGUCAAAGUUACGAAAUAGAAGUAUAGGUGAUAUAGGUACAUCCGCAACGAGGAAGCAGUAACCUAGGCGCUAAGAACACGACUGUCUAUGCACGAAGAUGAUUGAAUACACUUGUAAAUAUUGUCAAACACUUCUUAAUACUUCUGCCAAGAACAUAAUCGCUGUUCCACGUGCGCAGCUGACCCUAUGAGAAACAGCCGGUUAGCUUUUCCCUUUGACGACAUGAUAAGCAGGAAUCUAGAUUGUACGUACUAAAGUGGACAGAUUAUGCCCUUUUCAUCAGUGGACGAGAGACUAGGAUUAUUUUUCACUCUUCCUGUGUUUACCGUUUGUCGGUUGUUCUCUAAAUACCUCAUCAACAAGCUCGUUAAAUCGAUGCCUUACACUCUUUGGAUUUCAAGUUAUUCACUUCCGUUUUUACUAGGAUUUCUCACUCUAGGACUCGCUCUAAAAAGGUUAAGCGGAUGCCGAAUUACAUGCAUCGGACGUUUAGCUCUUUGAAGAACGAUGAGCGGGAGUUGGUGGAACCGGAGAAGUUUACGCUUGAUGCACGUCACUUCCGUUACAAAGCGCACAAGCUGAGUCAGUACAGGUAUGAAUGAUGUUUUUUCUCCCAUCUUUACAACGGGUCAUUCUGGCACUCGCUAAUCCACGUACUUUUUUCUCCUUCUCGAUAAGCUUCUUUCUUUUUUCCCAUCUUUAACGGGUCAUCCUGGCGCUCAUUUCAAGGGGAAAAACUGCCAGGAUGAUCUGUACUAAUUCAUCUUUCUCGACUGGAUCCCUGCUAGGAGUAGUAGGAGUAAGCCCAUGCACAUCUGUACUAAAAUUCAUCUUUCUCGACUGGAUCCUUGAAAGAUGAACUGCGGACAGUUCUAAUACAAAACGACGACGAACGAGGGGAGCAGUAAACCUGUCAGGGCGAGAAUGAGGGGCCUUCGUGAGGGAGCAGCUAUUAAGACUUUCAGAACAAAUAAGACUUUCACAACGAAUCCACUUCUUUGCGCGAGAGGCUGAGUACUUUCUCAACCUCAUUACGAGAGCGCGUUGUACUUGACACAAUUUCAUGUACCUCCUGUACUUACUAGUCUUAGUUUAUAUUAGAGGUAGUUCACGUCUACGUAGUUUUAGUUGAAAAGAGGUAUCUUUGACAGGCUUUCGAGAGGAAUGAAAGAGGUCGAAGAUGCGCUGCCCCGAGACGCUACCUCGUGCUAUAGGUAAAUGAAUGAAUGGAAUGAACGUGCAUACAAGCAAGGUCUAAUAAAGUGAUGGGCAAGGCUGGGGCAAUGCUCCCGCAGCUAGGAGGCAUGUCGAAGGAGCGCAUGCACCUGCAAAGCCAGGACUCUUCGAGUCGUAGCACAGCCGCGAGCACAAAUGCUGCUACGAGUCCCUUGGAGGAAACAACGGAACCCGGACACCUCCCACCAUUGUCCUUUCAGCCUCCUGCCACGUCCUUCUCUUAAGGCUCCAACCUAGACGGACCUGAAGUGUAGAUAAACUUCUGUUUAAGAAGUGCUAUAAGUAUCCUUUUUUCGAGUAUAAGUAACUGCGUACGGAAAGGGGUGGAGAAAGACAAGGAUAGAAUUAUGAUCUUCGUUGGCUCUGCUUUCUCAAGUAGCAAGUGAGGUCAACGAUGCUUUCAGGUACUCAAGACCCUCUCUAGAUAUUCACCUUUCUAGAUAUACCCUUACUCCUGCAUGCUCAGCAAGUGAGGUCAAGGAUGCUUUCAGGUACUCUUCCACUAUCUUGAGACAUGCCCCUCCACACUCUGUCACCUCUCUAAUCAUCUGGGUCAGUGCGGGAUAGAUUGGUGCAGGAGAGAAAAGCCACGCGAAUGUUUGAGAGGGAAGGUGUGGCAAGCAACUCGAAGUCAUUAGAGCCGAUUCCAAGUUAAGACUUACAGACUGGAGAACGAAGAAACGUGUCCAAGAUGAAAGGCGCAUAGAGGUUUAGGGUCCGAUUCGUUUUUCAUCCUUUUCCUUUUCGGAGCCAUUCCGUCUCAUCCUGAUCCUCUAUAGUCUUUAUUGCAGUCACAUUGCAAUCUCAAGCAGUCUUCUGUCUCGAAUUGUGACAACCUCUAACCUCGGAGGGGAGAGUCCGUGAUGAACGCCACCUUACCUGGAGGCUUCUAUAGGCGGAGCAGCAGUCUAGACCGGAGUGAAGGCACGUGUCCUCCAGUUGUUGGAAUAGAGAACAGGAAUUCUAACCCGAGUAGACCAAACAAUCACGCACUUGCGCGACAGGGCAGGACAUCCACGGCUGGCGAGCAACCUUUUGGAAGGACGAAAGCGCGUGGAACCUUAGAUUAAGACCACUUGCGUAUUUUCUAAGUAUCUACGGUGUACUAUGUCUUUCUUGGUGAUCUAAAAUGAAAGCUUCUCUCAUCAAAUAACAAGGCGGUGCAUAGAUCAUAUGCAAUGAAGCAUGUAAAGAAAAAAGUAAUCCCUUAAUAAAGAACUUUCCACUGACUCACUGGAUUUUUCACUACGACUAUCACGCAAACGCAAAGGAUACUGCCAUAGCGUACCUUCAUUAGUGUACCUGCCAUUAGUGAGUAGCCUCUAAUUAUUAGUAGAUGUAUCCCUUCAAGCAAAAAAUUUUUGCCAAAAAUUAGUGUACCUUCUACUUCAUCUAAGUCCACGAGCACGAAGACACGGCGCUUGGGAUUCGGGAAGCCAGCGUUAGUCUCGAAAGACACCCGAGACAUAACAACAUCUGCUCUUUCGUAGACGAACUUGGAGUCCGACAGAAAAAGACUCUUUGUUAAGGCAACGAACUCAGAGUUGGAAUGCGUCGACCUAUCUAUCUAUCUAGCUAUCUAUCUAUAUUUAUCAAUCAAUCUAUUUAGCUAUGAUUCAUCGUAAUAUCGUAACGGAGUAGUGGUCGUUGAGAAACUCGAUGUUGAGGACUCGAUGUGCAGGAUCCAUACCCUAGACUAAACAAGCUUUAUAGUCCCUCCACGCGCUAAUUUUAGCACGUGUCAUCGGAUUUGUACGACACCUCAUCCCUUUCGCCACGGGGUCAAGGACUCCAUCUACCACGCGCAGCCAGGACGUCCCUUGAAUCCUUUCCGGAGAAGGAAGCGGCCCAGAAGAAACAACUCUUCAUCCAGAACUUUGUACUAAAUGGAGUUUUAUCCAGCUUAGGGGCAUACCACCUUGUAGGUCCUACACUGGGAGUAGGUAGGUAACUUUUUCUCCUGCAGUAGCAGGUCCUACUUAAGGCUCCCCUGGAACUUAUAAGCAACCAACCUAUAUUAUCGACCCGCACUAAGUAACCAAACUGAAAACUGGUUUUUUCCUUAUGGAUUAUUUGUAGUACUUCAUCCGCUCUACUUUGCUGGAAUAACGAUCUUGCUAUCGCGCUAUUUAUCUAUAAUCCAUGCAUCCAUCCAUCUAUCCACUCAUCUAUUGAAAAAGUGAAUCAAGAGAUACAUCGGUCCUUUGUCGUGUAGUUUGAAAAUUACAUUUGACUUAAGUAUUUUUCCACACUUUUCGCAGAAUAUAGUGGUGACAUGUACUAUGGAACACGACCUUUUGAUUCAUCUCAGGAUAAGGCCAAGCAUGAGCAGGAGACGCUUUCUCAGAGACGUAAUCCGUAUAGUCGAAGUUUUUGGAAUCCGGCUGAUCAUUACAAAACGCAGACGCAGCGCGACUUCUUACAUCCUAAGGAGCUUGCAAAACAGCGCCGCGCCCCAACAAAGUACUCCAGAUCACACGGAAGAUCGAUGCAGAAACAGUAUUCACUUGAAUUUGUUUUUUUUUGUUCUUGGAACACGCUCUAGUAUGGAGGUAAAUUUUAACUCCUGUUCUUUCUUGGAACACUCUCUAGUAUGGAGGUAAAUUUUAAGUCCUUUGAUAAGUUGUUCUUGUUUCUUACAGCUAAUCGCACAUGAUACAAAAAUUCUUUUUCAUUUUAUCAAGAAGAGACGUUUCUUAAAUUCUAAGGCCAAUGAGAUUGUUUCUUAUUGGAUCGAGCCUAGCAGUAGCAUGAACAGCCUGCAUCUUGUUGUCCUCAACAAUGUAGCUUACACUGUUCUCAAUGUAGUUUUACACUACGAUCUCCAAUUCGUUCCCCUAUCUCAGGUUUUACACUACGAUUUCGGAAGGGUUCGGUGCUAGGGAUCGACGUCCGGCUUCCUACAGUCCGGUGGUACUAGUAGUUGUUUUGAAUGCUUUUCUGUUACUAGUAGGUAGCCCUUAGUCCUCAAGCAAAGAGUUGGGAGCAGUCCCGCUCAAAAAAUCUAACUCUAGAGAGCUACCUGAACCAUGCGUUUUCAUUUCGUCAGCGACAACCUAAAUUUGAAGAUAUCAUAUAGUGGAUACUUAAUAUCGUUCUACUAGGCGCUGUUAUUUCUGCUUCAAAGCUUAUUGUGCUAAUAUGAGGACUUGUCUAUAAUUCUACUUCAUCUGUUUUGUGAUUUGACAUUUAAGAAGACAAGUGCUCCAUGUUGCAAACUUGUAUCAGCGUGGAGCGAAUGAGGGGGAUGGCGCACUGACCACUCGCAGUUUGAGCCCAGCGCAAGAGACAGCGCGGACAAACGCUAGUAUCGAAGACAAUGUAGUUAAGGCUAAUCCUCAACAUCACAGGAAGAUCCUAGCUAGGUUCUAGAAGGAUGACCCUUGUUUUUAGCACUCUCGGCAGCUCUUUUUGUACUUGAAAACGAGGCCACCACAUCCUACUUGGCUUCUUUUCGGCUAAAACGAGACGUUUUAGUGAGGGAGAACCUUAUUCCAAAGGAAGAUGCUUCGAAGGAAGAUGUUCCAAAGGAAGAUGUUCCAAAGGAAGAACCUUAUUCCAAAGGAAGAUGCUCCAAAGGAGGAUGUUCCAAAGGAAGAUGUUCUAUAUUGAUGCUCCCAAAAAGGAGAAUGCUCUAUAUAGAUGCUCCCAGGAAUGCCCAAUGCGGUAGUUCUAAUCAUGGCGAGGACAGGACUAGGGAGAGGACUAGCAUGUUCCAGAGUCUGGAGAACACGUCGAUAGUUGCGGAUACAACGAUGCCUGAAGUGGUAAAGGGUAAAGUUAUGACUCUCAAACGACGAUGCUUAACAUGGAUGACAUAUUUGAUUUUGGGUUAAGUACUUUUGUACAUACAACGAUCUUGUAGUACUAGUUGGUGCGUACAUCAUGCUCGUCAUUUCCUCAGAAAACCAUCCUCGUAGUUGUGUACUGACUAGGGUAAGAAGAAUUCUGUGCUUGUGCAUAGGAUGUAAUUUACGUAAACAUUCUUUGCGAAGAACUCUAAUGAAGGAGUUCCGACAGAACCUCCACCCGUCAUGCCAGCCUAUAAUGGAGAGGGGCAGUACGAUAUGUGCUUGAACCGGCUGCAGUUGCUUGAAGAGGCACCAAGUGAAGACUCGGGUGGAUAUCUGGAUGGUAAUAUUUGUCUGGAAUGAAAAACUUUACACGACUAGACUGUCUGGUACCUUGCGCUUCACAUCUAUGUGGUUUGUGAGUCUCGACAAAUUAUUUGUCUGGUACCUUGCGCUUCACAUCUAUGUGGUUUGUGAGUCACGACAAAUUAUUUGUCUGGUACCUUGCGCUUCACAUCUAUGUGGUUUGUGAGUCACGACAAAUUAUUUGUCUGGUACCUUGCGCUUCACAUCUAUGUGGUUUGUGAGUCACGACAAAUUAUUAUGGAAUGAAAAACUUUAGCUUUACACGACUAGACUGCGACUGGUCAAUCAAAUCGACUCGCACUUCAUCGUUUUCUUAAGCAUUCAGUAUCAGUCUGACGGAUUCUCUGUAGUCUUCCUUGCAACAUCGUUUCACUAUGAUGGUCCUGUUUCACUAUGAUGGUCCUGUUUCACUAUGAUGGUCCUGUUUCAUUCUGAUGGUCCUGUUUCAUUCUGAUGGUCCUGUUUCACUAUGAUGGUCCUGAACCUCUAUUGUUACAACAACAUCAUUUCCUUCUUCGUGACAAUACAGGUCGCGCUUGCUACAAGGGGGUUACCUGGGCAACGCUGGAGAAUAGAGGGAAACCCCCUAAGAAGGUGGGUGCAGCGCCUAAAUACAUCAUGCUCAAUGACGGGAGCGGCCUUUUCUAGGUGAGAAGGCAGUUGCCAGGGAGAGAAGGAAAUGGAAAAGAACGCAGAAUAUUAUUCAAUAAGAUUAGGAUUAUGUUCAGAGAUGUAAAAAUGAACAGGUAACAGAAAAUAAGUGUAAGCAAAUGAUUGUGCACAUGCGCAUCACAUGUAGUACAUGUAGUUCAACGUCAUAUUUAAAAUGUUAUUGUUCUCAACAUACUAGUACACACUCAACAUACGCUGUUGUUCUAUUUUCAUCAGAAAAUAAACACAUGCCCGAGCAUGCCCUUUUAAGUGAAAAUUUUCGAACUGAUCUAUCACACCGCUUCACUUCCCGCAUAUACUUAGUUGAAUUUCUAUCAAGGUUGAUCAUAAUGUUUAAGUUUAAGUUUACUAGAAUUUGCAAUGGUUACCGAGAAGAUUAAUGCUUCUACUUCCGUAGCACGAUAAACCCCACAGACAUUGAAUUUAAAAUCAAGCACUUCUGUACUUCAUGCACAGGCCGCAAGGAUUCUUCCGCAUCUAAUCAAUGUAGCUGAGACAUAGUAAUCUAUUUGAGCUUAUUUGCGACGUACCAUCAUAGCUUGUAUCUAUUUGUAUUUUGUUUUCCUAUUGUAGUGCUAUUCUGUAGUUUUCGAACGCAACGAAGAAUAUUCAUUUGAAAACAUCAUAGAAAUAGAAUCAGAGAAGAUUGCCGUUUAAAAAGAUCGAAUGAAACACAGAGCGACAGCACCAAAGAAAUUUCAAGGGUAAGAGAGGAGGAUAUCCAUGACCCUGGAUGGACCCUCAGAUUUUAUACAGGACUAGCAUGUUGCUCUACGUAGGAAUCCUCCUGCCAUUGUCAGGUGAUAGCAGGACUAGGCAGCUGUCCUGAAGAGACCUGUCGAAUCUGUAAAAUAUGUAGUCGCGUACGAGGACCUCCUUCUAUCCCAUUGCUUGAUGUCUCUCCAUC